AUGCGUCAAGCGAUGCAAGCGAACAUUUAUCCCGCACGUAUACUGAAGAAAAUUCCGGAGCAGAAAUAUCUAACAAUAAUGAAAAUUCAUGGAAUGAAAAUGACGCCCUGCUCAUAUAUAACACUCGUCAUUCAUCUAAAGAAAAAAUACAGCAAGAUGGGAGUCCAACGAAUAGUUUCGAUCAUGGUCACAGGACAGACUGGCAUCAACAGUAUCUCACUCCUGGCGCACGAA